AUGGGUCUUCCUCUGUACGUCGCCCCGGUCGAAUCUGACCUGCACGACAAGCACGCGGCCGGUCGCAGCAGCCCUACCCAUGGCCCGAAUCGCAUCCGUCGCACGCGCCGGAGCAUCGAGAGUCUGGUGCAGAGCCGCCGUCGUGCUAUUCUCACGGCGGUGGCGAACCUCCCUCGCCUCGAAAGCUUGACCGACAGUCAGCGAGCCAACAUCCGGCAACGGCAACGAGAACUGGACGAGAUGCAAGAGCGGAUGGAGCGUCGGCAUGAGAUGCAUAUCGGUGCCCUUCCCGAAUCCCAGCGCGAACGGUUAAACCGCACCCGGGAACCGUUGGUAAACGCGUAUGACCUGUCUGCGCCGCCGGCGCCAAGGGGAGAACAUUUACUCCAGCAGUAUCUCACACGCGACUCCGAGCAAGCGAGGGCAGCGGCGAGCCACGCCCGGGAACAGGCGAGAGGUAGAAUCAACGGCCACAUUGCGGACGGGAACUCCAGCGGUAGCACCCGACGUGCUGCUAUUAGCGGUGGCGGCGGUCUUCGCGAAGAACACCGGCGCUGGUACGAACAUGUUGUGUCCCGCGCCCGCGAAACGCCCUCGGCGCUACUCGAAGAAGGGCCUGGCUCGCUCAUGACCGCAGCCAUCGCCAGUAGCCUGGAAGACUCCGACGACGCAUACACCGGGGAGCUUAUGGCAGCACUUGGCAGCCGCUUGGCCCGGUCUUCGGCUUUUGUCCACAGUCUCGACCCGACAUCAACAUCGACAUCGCAGCCCGAUGGAGCGCUCCAACAGCAGCAGCCCCGUGAAUCUGUGGACUCCGAUGGUCCCGAUUCCGAGACGAGACCUACGAAUGUCCGUUCCCGUCACCGGUUGGUGCGUUCGUCCUCUUUGCGCCGUGUUACAAAUGCAUCUGCACCUGCGAGACGGCCGACCGUGGGCUGGUCCGACAGCAACGAUCGCGCCACCAGCCGGUCCCGUGAGUCCCGCGAAUCGUCCCAGUCCCGCAUUUUCGGCGAUACCAGCCAGAUCCCCAACGGUGGCGGUUCCACACCUGGCUCGAACGGCCGGGCGACACCCGACGCCGCAGCCAGUCGCCGCCAUGCGUGGCGGGUUGGGUAUCUCGACGUGAACGGCGAUCGUCACCGUCCGCUGCCAGAAACAUCAUCGCGACGUGACGCCCCGCUUCGCUCUGGCGACUAUGAUCUAACUGAUGAGGACGGCAACCCACUCGAAGACGGAUACGGGGUCCCUGUGGACCCUGUCGACGGGCUUGGUGACCGCCGUCGCAGCCUGAGCCCCGAGGUCAACUCUUGGGAGACGAUCCUGACGACCCUGACGGCCGACCCGCAACUUCCUAGCGUGGGCUUGUCGUUUGUCUCCUCAACGUCGGCGCUGGCUGCUGCGACGGCGCAGGGCCAGUCGGCGUGGGCCUCUUCGUCUCAGCCGACCGUGACGCAGACACCGGUUGUGCCUGCUCCUCCUGCCGUCCCAUCGCCUGUCACGAGAGACCAGGACGACAAUGACAACGGCACAAACGGUUCCACACCCGCACCAGUCCUUGUUGAAAUGUCGCGCACUCCGUCAUGGCUCGCGGAAGACCACCCAGUCCUCACCGAUAGCGUGCCUUCGGGUGCCACGUCUGCGGGCACAUCUCAGCGCAUUCGCUCGCCCUUUACAGUGGUGUCGGCGGAUGCCGAAACGGCAGACGAGUCGCCUGUGUUGUUCAAUGGCCUGGAGAACGAUGCCGACGAUGUGGCGUGCGAAGACUCUGAGAUGGACGAUGGUGUGCACCGAGAUGGCGACGAGGAGGGCCUUUACGACGAAGAGGAGGAACGCGAGGCGGAAGAGGCGCGGGCGUAUCUACUGGGCCUGUCCGACGAACGGCCUGGCCGCCGGCCUGGACAAGGUGGCGCGGAUCCGAUGGAGCGCAUGCUACAUUUUGCGAGCCGUGAUCGGCCGAUGCGUACUGGCUUUGGUGGUGCUCAUCCCGACAACCACGACGCCAACGACAACACCACCGGCAACACCAGCGCCAAUAACUCCAACACCAAUACCAGCACCAACAACAGCAGCGGCAGCGGCAGCAACACCAACGACAGUAACAACAACAACACAGACGAGACGCUCGACACUCUCGGCAUUGGCGGUAUGCAGCAUAUUGUGCGCAGCCUGGCUCGGCGCGAAGACAUUCCGGACGAGUGGUGGGCUGAGGCCGGUCUGAGCCGCACGCUUCCUCGUGAAGCGUCGAAUUAG